UCCAGCUCCGCCACCGCCGGCACCUCGGGGAGCGGCGCUUGUGCCGGGCACGAAAACUUCCUCCUUCUCUCGCGGCAGCCGCCCAGACAGGUUUUUGUUUUUUCUUUCUUUUUUUUUUUUUUUUUUUUUUUUCUUUUUUUUUUCCCCCGUUCUGAACUUCCUCUCCCCGCACGGUGCCCGCCUGCCCGCCGCCCUGGCGCACCUUUUGCCGGCCCCGGCCAUGUACAGCAUGCUGGAGACGGAGAUUAAGGCGCCGCAGCCCACGCCGGGCAGCACCGGGGGCAACCCCGCUCCGGGGAACACCGGCAAAGGCGGCGGAGGCGGCGGGGCCGGCAACGGGGCGGGAGCGGGCUCGGACCAGGACCGGGUGAAGCGCCCCAUGAACGCCUUCAUGGUGUGGUCCAGGGGGCAGCGGAGGAAGAUGGCCCAGGAGAACCCCAAGAUGCACAACUCGGAGAUCAGCAAGCGCCUGGGCGCCGACUGGAAGCUGCUGAGCGACGCCGAGAAGCGGCCCUUCAUCGACGAGGCCAAGCGGCUGCGGGCCGUGCACAUGAAGGAGUAUCCGGAUUACAAAUACCGGCCCCGGAGGAAGACCAAGACCUUGCUGAAGAAGGACAAAUACUCGCUGCCCGGUAAUCUGCUGGCCCCGGGCGGGGGCAACGCGGUGAGCAGCCCCGUCGGGGUGGGGCAGAGGAUUGACACUUAUGCCCACAUGAACGGCUGGACCAACGGGGCUUACUCGCUGAUGCAAGACCAGCUGGGCUACAGCCAGCACCCUGGCAUGAACAGCCCGCAGCUGCAGCAGAUGCACCGCUACGACAUGACGGGCCUGCAGUACAGCCCCAUGAUGUCCACGGCGCAGACCUACAUGAACGCCGCCUCCACCUACAGCAUGUCCCCCGCCGCCUACGGCCAGCAGCCCUCCACGGCCAUGAGCCUGGGCUCCAUGGGCUCCGUGGUGAAAUCCGAGCCCAGCUCGCCGCCUCCGGCCAUCGCUUCCCACUCGCAGAGGGCCUGCCUGGGAGACCUGCGGGAUAUGAUCAGCAUGUACCUGCCCCCCGGGGGGGAUGCCACAGACCCUUCGGCCCUGCAGGGCAGCAGGUUACACAGCGUCCACCAGCACUACCAGAGUGCCGGGACUGCCGUGAAUGGUACCGUACCACUAACUCACAUUUAAACUCGGCUGCUCCGGACGGCUGCUCCCCGUCUUUAAUCCCUAUAAAUCCCAACCACCGUCCCCCCUGACUACACCGGGACGUACGGCAGUGUUGUUCGGCUUAGCAGACUUGAUACUAACUCUGGAGAAAUCUUAAAAAGGAAAUCCGCUAGUUGUGUCCUUUUUUUUAUUAUUUUAUUUUAAUUUUUUUCUUUUUUUUUUUUUUUUUGGUAAAAGAUAUUUGAGCAAGUUGUUAUUUUUAUUAGAGCACAAACUCCUGCCUCCUAGAAGCCGCUGUGAAAUUUUCGAACCAAGGCAACUCCUUUCCUGGUUUCGGCUGGGUUGGGCACUGUUUUAUUCGCUUCAAAAACUUUUUUAAAAAAAAUCUUGCAUCUUCCAGUUUGAUUUCUAGCGUUGCAAUGGCAUAAACAAAACCCGCGGGCUUUUGUUUUUAAGCUCGGUUGUUCGCAUAAUCACUGUGGUUUAUUAACUGUUUUGUUACCGACCCUCGCUUGGUUUCUAUCCACAAUCUGUAGCUUUCACGACUUUUUAAUUUUUGAGGUUUUAUUCCUUGAAAAGGGGGAGGUGGGAGAGAGCAGAGCUGUGCGGGUCGCAAACGCGUUUCUUUUAUUUAUAGUAAGUUGUGUGUCUUGGUUUUUCUUAAGCUGUAAACUUAUGUAAAUGGGUUUGUGAAUUUUACUGUGAACCAUGUUUUGACAUAUCGGACGAAAAACGUUUUAGUUUUGUUACCGGAUUCCUUCCAAAAAAAAAAAAAAAAAAAAAGUUACCGAAAUAACUCCUUCCUUGUUCCUUAGUCCUCGUUCGCUUCUUUCUUCCAUAACGAAGAGAGAGAUGAAUAAAUUUUCUACCAGGCACGUGGGGCGGUGUCCGGGCGGUUUGUGCGGGGCAGGGCCGAGCCCAUCCCGGGGCUCCCGCAGCAUCGCGGCCCCUCCGCGCCCUGCCAGCGCUUUUCGGCCGCGUUCCUCUGGCUGCCCAGCCGGGCUGUGUUUUGGGGGGGCGGGAGAGGGAGAAUGCGCUCCUUGGAUUUGGUUUUCUUUUAAAGAGAAGCGGGAUCCGGGCCGGGGAAGCGUCGCUGCUCUGCGAGCCGCGGCCACUUGUUGCCUCUCGGCCGACGGAGAGCGAAAGGGAUCGAAGGGGAUUACGUCUCCGCCUUGGCUUGUUGCGGUUUUUUAUUUCUUCUUUUUUGUCAGGAGGAUUUGCCUUGAAACGCCAGCUCGCCUGAAAUAUUUACAAAAGUAA